AUGCUCGCAUCGUCUGUCGUCCUGCUCGCGUCGUCUGUCGUCCAGGCGGCGCUGGCAGCCGCCUCUUCUUCUGAGCGCGCCCUCCCCCAGGAGCAGCCGUCGUCGUCGUCGUCGUCGUCGCCGGCCACCUCCCCCGACGGCGUCGCCGCCGCCACCGCCGCCGCCGCCGCCGCCUGCAACAACUCGCCGACCCUCUGCGGCCGCCGCUACGACGCCGUCACCUACAUGGGCGCCCACGACAGCGCGUUCCUGCGCGACGGCAGCACGCACGACUCGCUGUCGGGCAACCAGUUCCGCAACGCCACCGACGCCCUCGACGCCGGGCUGCGCCUCCUCCAGACGCAGGUUCACCGGAACGGCUCCGCGCUCGACAUGUGCCACUCGGCGUGCGGGCUCCUCGACGCCGGGCCCCUGCAGGCGUGGCUGUCGAGCAUCGGCGCCUGGAUGGCCCGCCACCCGCGCGAGGUCGUCACCCUGGUGCUGGUAAACGCGGCCAAGGCGCCGGCCGCCGACUACGCGUCCGUCUUCGAGGCCGCCGGCCUGGCCGGCAUGGCGUACCGGCCGCCGUCGUCCGACGCCGCCGCCGCCGCCGCCUGGCCCACGCUGCAGGCCAUGAUCGGCUCCGGCGGCCGCCUCGUCACCUUUGUCACCAACAUGGAGCGCGCGGCGUCGGCGCCGUACCUGCUCCCCGAGUUCGACCACGUCUUCGAGACGCCGUACCAGGUCACCUCGGCCGACGGCUUCAACUGCACCGUCGACCGGCCGGCGCGCGCGGACCCGGCCCCCGGCGCCCUGGCCGGGGGGUACCUCAGCCUCGUCAACCACUUCAAGUACAGCCGCGUCAUGGCCGGCGUCGACGUGCCCGACCUGGCGUCCGUCGACGAGGUCAACAGCCCCGCCGCGGCGGCCCCGGGCAACCUGGGCAGGCACCUGCAGCAGUGCCGGAGCGAGUGGGCCAAGGCGCCCAACUUUGUGCUCGUCGACUUCUGGACCCGCGGCGACCCGGUGGCCGCCCUGGACGCCAUGAACGGGAUAAGCGACGCCACCGGCCGGUCUGCCGUCGGGGGCGGCGUGGCCGAGCGGCGCCGCCUGGGGCACGGCUCCCUGGUGGCCUUUGUGUCCGCGGCGCUGGUGCUGGUAUGA